CGAAGGACGUACCCUUGAAGGUUUCCCAUUCCCUUCCCGAUAUAGUACACAGGUAAAUGAACACCCACUAUAGCAAACUUGCUUAUAAUAUUAGCAGCUUGAAGGAUUAAUACGUUAUACGGACAGAAAAGGAGUCAUGGCUCGCGACAUCGUGAAAGCGGCCAAGUCCGCAUCCAAUGUGAUAGCCGUUCAUAAGAAAUAUACUGUCCAAUCCACAGGGAUAUGGGAACGCAUUCGCCGCCUCCUUGCCGUCGACCCGAAUCGCUCCACUGGUGUUCCCUUGAACGCUCAGUAUCGUCUACCGACCCCUGGAGCUCUUCCUCCUCUAUCCUACGAUGAUCCGGUUACUGUUCCGGCCGGUGAUUUGGCUGACAAUCCCUACUGGAAACGUGAUACUCGGAGGAAUUAUCCCCGGCUUAGUGCGGUCAGUCAGGCGGAUGCUGUUGGCCUUCUCAGUGUAGGCAGUCAAGCUGCCCCCAAGGAUGACGUCCUUCAGAUCGGUGAGGCAGGAGAGAAACAAUUGGUAUCUGUCAAGCAACAGGCCGAAGAGCGCGGCCUUGCUGGUCUGUUCGAGAAGGACAAGAAUGGAAUUAAAGAAGUUCUGGGCGCCAAUGGUUUGCCUCCGCUGCCAUGCAACUUGAACCCUACUGGUGGUAAAUAUCAGCUCGGCCAUGACCAUGGCUAUCCCAAUAUCUACCCCUGCCGCACUUUCGUUUAGCUUGUCUACGCGGCUAUUGAGUGCACUACUGAGAUAAAUGCAUUUGUACUUACUUUCCUCCUAUCACAUGUCCACACUGUUAGACGGUCUGUCGUGAUGCUUGUGUAUGUUGAAAAUAUACUAUGGUUGUAGAUGAUA